AUGUUGAAUAUCGAAUAGAAUGUCAUUUCCAUCAAAGUAUUUCUUGUAAAGCACUUAGGAUCCUACCAAUAAAUAAGCUGAGUGGUAAUAGUACUGUUACGAUAAGAUAUUUCCAUCAACUUCUACUUAAAAAGAGCUUUUUGAUGAGGUGUUCAAUUUUGACUAUUUAACUAAAAAUGCCUGCAUUCUAUCAUAUGGAUAAUCAGGAAGUGGAAAAAGUUAUUCUUUAUUUGGAAAUGUUCAAAACCCAGGGAUAGUUCCAUUAUUUGUAUAAAAAAUGUUAGAAAAAAAUCAAGCUGUAGAGGCUUCAUUUUAAGAGAUCUACAUUGAUUAAAUCAAAGAUCUUAAUACUAAUCUUGUAACUGAAGAUUUUACAAGAAGGCAAAUAUUAUUAAUUAAUGAUCUAUGGGAUAUGAUAAAAAUUGUUAGAAAAACAGACAUAAAACGAUAAGUGAGAACACAUGUUAUAAUUACAUUAUAUUUAAACUAAAAUACUAAAAUUUAGUUUAUAGAUUUGGCAGGAUCUGAAAGAGUUGCUAAGAAUAUAACAGAAGGUGAAAAAUAUUAAGAAGCUAUUAUGAUAACAUCAAGUCAUCAAGUUUUAAAUAAAUGUUUGAACUUAUUUAAUUAAAAUAAAGCAAUACCUAAAAGAGAGUCAAAAUUAACUUCAGCUUUGAUUUUAGAAAAUAAUACAUAAGUUAUUUUAAUUGGAACAAUUAAUCCAAGUUAAUCUAAUUAUGAAGAAUGUUUGCUUACAUUAUAAUAUUUAGAUAGAACUAAGAAUGUUUAAGUUUAGAUUCGGAAAUAACAAUCUCUUUUAGGAUUAGAUACACCAAAUAAUUCAUAAUAAGAUAAAGUAAUAAAAAGGUUGUAAGAAGAAAUAUAAGAAUAUAAAUAGAAAAUAGAAUAAAUGAAUUUAGAUAGAAAGAAAAAGUUUAUAGAUUUAUAAAAAUUACUUGGUUUAGAUAUUGAUUUAGAAAGAUUAUCAGCAAAAAAUGCAAAAGAUAUAACAAUUUUUAGAAAUUAAUAGGAAGCAUUAUAAAAAAAUAUUAGUCUUAAAGAAUAAUUGGAAUAAUAAUAAUAUGAAAUUGCUGAAUUAAUAAAAAAGAAUGAAGAAUUAAAAUAAGAUUUUCAUCAAAAAUAAGAAAGAUAUCAAUCUUAAUUAUUAGAAUAAAGAGAAAUUAAUAAGAAAUUGAAAGAUUCAAUUAAUAUGACAAAAAUGAGUGGUGAUGAUGCAUUAAGAUAAUUAAAUUCAGAAAGAGAUCAUUUUAUUAAGAAAUUGUAAGAUGAAUCUAAAAAUCUAUUGGAAGAUAAAGUAAAUUCAAUCAUUAAUCUACCUUAAACGGCAUUAACUAAACUUUCAGAAAAUUAAAAAUUAUAAGAUUUAAGAAGACAAGCUAGAAAUGAUGCUGAAAAAGAAUUUAAUAAAUAAUUAGAAUAGAUUAAAUAAGAACAUUAAAAAUGGUUAGAUACUUGUAAAUAAUAAUAUGAAUAUAUUUUAAAUGAAAAAAAUAAGGAAAUCGAGAACUUUCUCUCUUCCUUUAAAUAAUAUAGAGAAAAAAAAAAGUAAUUUUUAUUAUUUUUAUAAUAUUUAGAUAAUAAAUCAAUGAAAUUGUAGAUGAACUUCUUGAUCUUUAUGAUAUUAUUUAAAAACAAAACAAAGUUAUAGAUAAAAUAGAAACAGGUGGUUAUAGUGGAGGACUAAAGUCUUUUAGCAUUCCUAAAUAAGAUAAACCUAAUCUUCCUAAUAAAGUUAAACAUAAAAAGUAAUUAAAUAAUUCUAUUUAGUUUGUUUUUUUAUAUAGAUACAAAAAGUGUUUCAGCCACUAUUACAAAGAAAGCUUCAACUAUUGAAAAAACUAUUAAAACUGCCACUAAAUAAUUAAAAUAAUCUCAAAGCUAAAUUGUUAUUGAAAUAGAUUAUAAUCAAAUUGAUUAAAUUAACUUUUAAUCAAUGGAUUUAAGUACUUUAAGAUCUUAUGCAAAUAAAUUAAGAGAUAUGAUUAAAGAAUUAUAAGAUUAAAUGAUUAUGGUAUAGGAUAAAUGUAAAUAAUAAAUAGCAUAAAUGCAAAGAGGUAAAUUUAUGAAUUAUCUAAUAGAACGUGAUGAAGCUAUUUAGAGAUACAAUAUUGAAAAUAGAAGAUACAAUUAAAAUAGAGUUGUAAUUGAAUCCUAAAAUAGGAUAUUAUAAAAGAUAAGACCAAUAAGUUCAAUUUAAAGAAAAUCAUGA